UUAAAAAUCUUGAGUUGAAAAAGCCUGGGAAAGUUUUCAAACCAAUUGCUUCUAGUGGGAGUUUACUUCACAAAAUGGAUACCCAGGAAUGAAAGUGUUUAGACUUUAAAACACAUCACUGGAAAGUGGAGCACCUCGUGGUGUUAGAUUCUAGUUGUCUGGACCUAGAGUAGAGGGCUGGACACAGGCAAAGAUAGAAAAGGCCUUGCUUCCAUGGUACCCAGGAGCAUUUGGAAGAAUUCUUCUGGCCAGGCAGGAGAGAUUAAAAUAUGUGAUAACCAAAACUCAUAACUACAACUCUACAACGCUUUACUCCUUUAAGAUCAUGUCAAGUUAUGAAUUGGCAGAGAUUGCCCACUGUUUAACCAUCUGGUAAAUUAUGUGCAGAAUCUAGAAAAUGUCCUUGUUUCACAGUGAAGUUAAAGUUUAGAGGAAAAAAAAAAUUGGGGCACCCAUGGGUGGCUCAGUUGGUUGAGCUUCUGACUCUUGGUUUCAGCUCAGAUCAUGAUCUCAGGGUCAUUGGAUCCAGCCCCUCGUGGGGAUAUCUGUGCUCGUGGGGAGUCUGCUGGAGAUUGUCUCCCUCUCGCUCUGCCUCUCCACCACUCUUUCAUCCACGCAUUAUCUCGCAUUCUCUCUCUCUCAAAUGAGUAAAUCUUUUUAAAAAAAAAAGUUUAAAAAUUAAAAUAGAAUCGUAAAACACUCUGUGUUGGGCCAGAAUCUAUAGAUGCCCUAAAAAGUAGACAAAUCCUGAGGACCAAGAGCUGCAAUCUCUGGAUCUUUGUUUCUUAUUUAGGGAUAGCAAAUAGGUCUCAUCAUGUUUGCAAGUGGAUUGAUUAAUAGUGGCUGCCUGAAAUAUGGCAUUGGAAAGUAUUCAGAGAAUUGCUGUUGGAGACAGUUGGAGAAAAUGUCUAAUUGAUUAGUAAUGUCUUUGAUGGUGUUGGGUUCAGAGAAUGGUGAAAGAGUCUUGUCAUCCCUGCCAUAUGUAUUUUCAUAAGUUCCUAGGACUAUUUCUUAAAUGGAAGUUAGAUGGCAUCUAUGACACUUGUUGACAAACUAUCACCACGUUAUUGUUGGUUGAAGACUGGGCCACUCUAUGGUUUGUUAUGGUGUGCUUCUCAGGAUAACUGAUGGAGGGAAAACGGAUAGCAUCCCCAUCUGGGCUCUUCCACUGCUUUAGAAACGUUCAAUGCCGAGGAAAAUCAGAAUGGAGGAUUCAGCCUGCUCCUCUUUGUGCUGAAACCCAGGAAAGCCUUAAUAGACAUCAAUACUUGAAUUCUGUAUUCCCUCAUGACAACUCUAGUGCCAUCUAUGGAAUAAAUCAAUUUUCUUAUUUGUUUCCGGAAGAGUUUAAAGCUAUUUAUUUAAGAAGCAAGUCUUCCAGAUUACCCAGAUACAGAACAGAGGUGCAAACAUCCAUACCCAAUGUAUCUUUACCAUCAAGAUUUGACUGGCGGGACAAACAUGUUGUAACCCAAGUGAGGAACCAACAAACUUGUGGAGGAUGCUGGGCCUUCAGCGUGGUGGGAGCUGUGGAAUCAGCAUAUGCAAUAAAAGGGAAGCCUUUGGAGGACCUGAGUGUACAGCAGGUCAUCGACUGUUCCUAUAAUAACUACGGCUGCCAGGGAGGCUCCACUGUCAGUGCUUUGAACUGGUUGAAUAAGACGCAAGUAAGACUGGUGAGAGAUUCAGAGUACCCAUUUAAAGCACAGAAUGGCCUGUGCCAUUACUUUUCUGAUUCACAGUCUGGAUUUUCAAUCAAAGGUUAUUCUGCAUAUGACUUCAGUGACCAAGAAGAUGAAAUGGCAAAAGCACUUCUUACCUUUGGCCCCUUGGUAGUGGUAGUAGAUGCAGUAAGCUGGCAAGAUUAUUUGGGAGGAAUAAUACAACACCAUUGCUCUAGUGGAGAAGCAAAUCAUGCAGUUCUCAUAACUGGAUUUGAUAAAAUAGGAAAUACUCCAUAUUGGAUUGUGCGGAACUCAUGGGGAAGUUCAUGGGGAGUAGAUGGCUAUGCCCAUGUUAAAAUGGGAGGCAAUAUUUGUGGUAUUGCAGAUUCUGUCGCUGCUGUAUUUGUGUGAUAUGUUGGGAAGAUCAAGGGACAGCAACAAAAAUGAAGGUUCAUAAUGAGAUGUAGCAAAGAACUCCAUUCCCAGCGCUGUUCGCCUUCAGGCCACUGGCUCCAUGGCCUAGGAGGACUCUGUGGAACAGUUUCUAGACCCUGGGAUGAAGGUCACUUUAGGAAUCUCUUCGAUUUGAAGAGGAUUUUAUCUGGCUUGAUUGUUGUUUUUGUUUGUCUUUAAUGAUAUACUUCCAGUAGGAUUAGAGGGGAUAAGAAUUUCUUUUCCUCUGUCCAAUAUCAUCACCAGCCAUAGCUCACAUUGAUAUACAAAAAUGGUCAGCCUAGAAUAAGGUGUGCUCUCACAGUUAUCAUCACAGCCCUCGGAGACGGAAUUUCUUAAUUGAAAGGCCAAUUGCUUUACCUCCACAAAAGAUGCUUACCCUUGAAACAGUCGAAAGGUCAUAUAGAAAGCAACAAAAGGACAAAAAACACUUUUUAAGAGAAAUUGAUUGAAAUUAAAGGACCAAUAUGGUAACUGUGUGGUAGGAAAAAUUCCAGGAGCAUUGCUUGAGAGACAAAUUACUAUUUGGAAAAUUUUGUUGUCAAUAGGCUUCCAGGAGGGUGUUAUUUCUUCCUUUGUCCUCCCUGUAUUGAGGGGAUGCCUCCCACUCUUUCUUCUUGUUCUUUACUGUAAUGCUCCAGGUGGUUCGGCUUCCCUGGCUAGAGAAGUCUCAUUUUUCACUUUCCAUUUCUAUUUUAUAAUCAUUUACUUGGCUCCAUUUGCCUCUAAGCCUUUAUCAAAUCAGGAUCUUACUUAUCUGUUCCUCCCCUCAUUCCUAGGCACCACCCCUUUCAAAGCCCAAGCCUAGCAAUCUGGGCUAUCAGUCAAGCUGACUUUCCCAAUCUGUCUGUGUUCCCACUUUUCUGCUUACUUUUCUCAGACUCCCAUACUAACCACGUUUUUGUGUAUCCUUUUGGCUUCUACGUGGUUCCGGUUCUCGAUGCCAAUGUUUUCUUUAGCAGAAGUCAUCAUGUGUGGUUGUGUGGCAGUGUAAGAACCUCAGAGCAGAAGAGCUGAUCUUCUGACUAAAUAUAAGUACAAUAAAUACUUAUUCAAUAUUCAAUGGAUUCAUGUAAGAAAAUCAUAUCAAAUACUGCAUAUGUAAACAUUUCUUCUCUGAAACUUAUGGUUGCUUUCUAAUGUAGACUAUCUUAAUGAAAACAAAAUUUUAAAUGUAACGGCAACCACUAAAAAAAUUGAAGCCCUCCCAUUUUUCCUCUCACUUUUGAGCUUUGUUUAUCUAUCCCCUUUAUUAGAAAGUGAAAAUCAAAAACAAAACACUGUCUUUCUUUGUUUUACACGAACCAGAAGCAAUCUCAAAAAAAAUACUGUUGACUCAAAUUUAGAAAUGUUCCAGGAAGAAAAAUAUUGAUAUUCUGAUUAAUAUUUUAAUUAUCCAAAUAUGUCAGAAGGGGAAUGUGUGCUGGUUGUUUUAGCUUGUAUUUAUUUACUGAUUUUUAUACACUGUAAGUGCUUUCCUGAUACUCUUUUUCAAAUGUUAAAGACUUUUUAAAUUACAAAAUGAUUAAUACCUCUUAGCUGUUCUGGAUUUUGAUGACAUUUAUAAUAAAACAACCUAUAUUUGACUUUGAUUGAAGUAGACUCUUGAUAAGAGCAUGACCUACAUUUUGUGAACAGGGUUAAUGUGCUUAAUUCCCAUAAGCUUUUCUCAGUUCCAAAUCCAUAUAUUCAAUUUUUAGUUGUCUCUAUAGACACCUGAACCUCAAUGUCUAUAAAAUUAACCCCUUCGCUUCCCCCCUUCUAAAAAAAGCAGAAAAAAAAAAAAAAGAAA